CGCCCGAUGCAACCCCCCAGGUCAUCCCACACAUGCUAGGCCACCUCGAGUAAAUAGCCAAGAGAUGCAAAAUGCAACUCGAUCUCUCGGAUAACACCCCGUCCCUCCUUUCUGCCUUUCUUUUCCUGUCUUUUCCUUGCCCGUCCGGACUUUGGUCCUCGAUCCCACUGCCGGAUCGGCCGAGACGGCUGCCAUUCACAUUGCCAUGGACGAAGUACCGUCACGUACGUAUCUAUUGCAUUGCAUCUUGGCCAGCGAUGGCCGAGGUCGCCGAACAAGAACCCCAGAAAGGGGGGGGUGUGGUAGUAAACCCCGUCUUUUUAUUUUUAUUUUCCCCCUCCCCUUUGUCUAUUUCGUCCAUUCCCACAUUCCCCCCCCCCCCAAAUGUCUCCUUCGCCCUCCUCACUGGCCAGGCGCUUCAACAUGGCCAAGGUGUCAAGGUGUCAACUCUCCACCCCAAAGUCCAAGUCAAGUCAGUCCACUGUCUAAACUGUCCCCCACUUGCCCCCGGCAGUGCUCUUUUUGGUCGACCGACUCCAAUUUCCGGCCCCCAACUCUCUCUACACCUAUUUUCUCUCCAUCACUGUCUCCCCUCUUCCGUUUUCCCCUCCCACUAGCGCAUCCAGAUGGGGGAAAAUGGGCUGACCCAGCGCCAAUGUGCAACGCGCAACAGGCAGCGGGCGGCGAGCGGCGGGCAUAUCUA